AUGCUUUCAAUAAAGAAAAAAAAUUCUAGAGUUGCUACAACUAAACCAUUAGAUGAACUUUUUACGAAUGUCGGUCAAAAGUUUGAGACAGAGACCGUAAAGCAUGAAGGCUAUCGUUUUGACUACCCAUUGAGAUGGUUAAGAGACCCAUCCGUCACAAAAGCUAUUGGCUUUCGUAGAAUGAAGUUCAUUUCAGAAGCCAUACAUGGUUUCCCAUUUACGGUCGGUUUUGAAGUUCGAUACUAUAACAAAGAAAAACGUACGUAUGAGAAAUUUGAACAGGGAAAACUUUUACAAGUUAGUUUGCUUGUAAACUUAGAAACAACUCUUCAAGCUUUUCAAGAAAAAAUAAACGAUAUCUAUCUCGAAUAUGCAAACCAGUAUAACAUUGACGAAGGAGAGUACCAUCUCGAUAUUAUAUAUGACAGGAAAAAUGCAACUGUUAAAAUCAAUAGAAUAGAAGACCUUGGAGAAAACGUUUAUAUUUCUACAAAAUAUAACAACUUGGCAUGGUAUAGAUUUAUGAGGAUGUUAAAUCAGCCUGCAGCAUAUCCAGUACACCCGGACUUUUAUGAAGUC